AAAUUGAACAGAAUGAACCCGGUGAUAACUUUGUUCCCUGGAUAUUUGUUUAUAGCUUUAAUAAUUUUUGGAAGUACAGUGCAAAGCAGUUCAUAUGCUGUAAAUAAGAGCAGUAAUGUGGAAAGCCAUGAUUGGAGCUAUCCCGAAUCCGGAAAAGUAUCUGGAUACAAUACAGGAAGAAGGCCGGAAAAAAUGGAAAUACAUCGUUAUAAUCGAGAGGCUGAUCGAAACGCGACAUUAAAACGAGGAGUGAAAACGUAUCAAACGCCAUCCGAAAAAACAGCAAGACACAAAAUAAAAUAUAAGCCGUCAAAUGCUCGAAGGAAAAAUGUUAGUCACAAUUACUCCGAUAAUAAUUCCGAAAGUAAGCAUUAUCACACAUUUGAAGAAGUUCAUGAGCACAUAGAGGAAGACGAUGGGCAGUACCAAGCAUCUGAGCAUAUCGGAACACAAUCAAUCCUGCACGAACACGUUAAAGAUCACUCGGCAAAGGAUGGAAAACGGAUGAGAGUUAAGAUCAAACAUCACCAUCACCACCAUCAUCACAACCAUAUAAAGGAAAUGAUUAAGACCGUCCCGCAACCAUAUCCCGUGGAAAAGGUUGUGCACGUACCCAUUGAGAAAAUUGUGGAAAAAAUCGUUCAUGUUCCCAAGCUGGUUAAUGUUACGGUUGAGAAAAUAAUUCAUGUACCCAUCGAAAAAAUAGUCGAGAAGGUGAUUCACAUUCCAAAACCGGUCCACGUACCAAAACCAUAUGUGGUCGAGAAAAUCGUUGAAAAAAUAGUUCACGUUCCAAAACCGUAUCCUGUUCUUCGGACUGUACCGUAUCCGGUGGAAAUCAAAGUUCCUGUCGAGAAGAAAGUGCCAGUACCCUUUAAGGUUGAGGUAGAACGAAAGGUUCCCAUUUACAUUCGAUCCAGCGAGCCGUACAAGUUCGAGCCAUCACCUUUUGAAAGCUAUCCCCGUGCCGAAGAAUUCAAAUAUAGCAUGGAAUUGGAUCAUCCGCCGCCGAGAGAGCAUGAACCAUCCUCAUUGCCUUCCUCCAACUACUACAACAGGGUAUACAAAUCUAAGGAGCUGGAUCAUCCUCCUAGGAUACAGGACUAUCAAAAUGAUAUACAGCCGCAGUAUAAGCACGAAUUCGUUACGAAAAGUAGUAUUGAACCAACUUCUUCUGGUCGUGAUGCGGUUUCUCUUAAGCUUGUGGGCCCCACUAACCACUUCAAUAUUACGGGAAAGGAUUUGGAGGACGCAAACUCACCUCCGGAAUUUGUUAAUAGCUCAAAUUUAGACCUAAGUCCGCAAGAAUCUGGUAAUGCAUUCCGCGGAAUCCCUUUCUCCUUACCAUUUCAAUUUGUACAGCUGCAGCCGAUGGCCUUUCAAAAUGCUAUAAAUAUGGAAUUACCAGUUCCAUCAACAGCAGCAGAGAUAGCUCAGAAGUAAAUUACGCAUUAGCU